AUGCCUUUAAACUCUUCUGCCAGUGUGUACGGAGGAGCAGGAGGAAGAGGGGCCAAGGCCUCCGUGUCCAGCCUGGAGGGACUGCGUAAUGUCAUGCGUAACGACACCGAACGGGACUCUCCUGCGCCCGUGAAGGCUCCCAUCGCCCCUGCGUCCGCACCCACCAGUAAAACCGCAGCACCAGCGCCCCCAGCGGACGACAAACAGACACUGCGAGGUCUGAACGAUCGACUCAACGGAUACCUGAACCGCGUGAGGCAGCUGGAGAAGGAAAACAAGGCUCUGGAGGAUGAGAUAGAGGAGAUUUUAGCCAAGAGAGCAGCGCCAGAUGGAAGAGACUGGGAUGAGAUACAGAAACCGUUGGAUGAGCUCAAGGACAAGAUUAAAGAAAUCACUAAGGAAAAUGCCAAACUCUUACUGCAGAUUGACAACACCGGCUUAGCCAACAAUGAUUUGAAGAACAAGCUGGACGAAGAGAAGAAAGCGGUGAAGGCCAUAGAGAAAGACGUGGAGGAACAGAGGAGGACCAUCGAUGAAACCAAGUUGAAAUGUGCUCAUCUGGAGAAAGACAUCGAGCUGGUGAAGAACGAGAUCGAGCACCUGAAAAAGGAACAUAAAGGGGAUGUGGACGACCUACGCGACAAGAUCAAGGACUCAGAGGUCAAGGUCGAGAUCGAGUCGUCCGAUUCCAACUUGACAGAAGCUCUGAACAAGAUUCGUUCCCAGUAUGACGACUUGGUGAGGAAGACUGAGAAAGAAACGGAGGACUGGUAUCAGAGCAAGUUUAAGACCAUCAAAGUCGAAGAGGCAAAAAACACAGAAGCGGUGAUGAAAAGUAAAGAUGAGCUGAAGGAUUUGUCAAAGGAGAAGCAGCUUUUGGAGAUAAAAAUCCAGGGUGCACACACAACGAUUCAUAAUUUGGAGCAGAACGUGAAAUCGACCAAAGUGGAGUACGGCGUUCGCUUGGGUCCUCUGAACAAAAAGAUUAAAGAUCUGGAAGCUGAGUUAAAGGAGUUUAGAAACGAAAUAGAGAGACAGCUGCAGAAGAACAAAGAUCUUGUGAUGGUCAAGAUGAAACUGGAGGAGGAGAUCCGCUACUACCAGGAGCUAAUGCAGGGCGUGACUGCUGACCCCGACAGCUUGGAGUUUUCUUUAGACGAUGCGCUGGAUCAAGGUCAGCCAAAGCUUAACACCGAACCCCUGAAACGAGAAGAAGCAGAGGAAGAAGUGAAGGAGGAAACAGCUCCAUCCAUCAACAAUUCGAUGCCAGAAAUCAAAGCCCAAACUGCAGCUGAAGGUUAG